CAUUCUCUAGUGGUUUGUCUACCUCUCUCAAUCCUUCAAAUCCUUCAAACCUGAAGCUAAACUUGGAAUUAGAUUUCUUGAGAACGAGAAUAAACCAAAGCUUCAAAUGGGUCUUCUAUGAUCCACCAUCUCAAUAUCUGUUUGCGUGGUGAGAAACCCAGGACAAGGAAAGGAAACUUGGAUUUUUAAUCUUUAUGGUUGGGGGUGUCUUGUUUCUGGAAACCUAAAACCGCAUUUCAGCUGAGCGCAAUUCUUGAUUCCCUUUUUGUUUUCAACGUAUUCUGGGCAAGCAGAGAGAACAGUCCUGAUUUUGGAGAUUAGAGAUUGAUGGCUUUGGAAACUAUCGGAGGGGUGGUGCUGGACAAAGUUAUAGGAGAAUUGAUAAAACCCAUUGUGGAUGGAGGAAAGAAGCAAGCUGCGUUCGGUGACAUCUUACAACGAGUCAAGUCCAUUAUCAAACUCAUAGGGCCGACCGUCCGUCAGAUCAAAAAAUUGAGCGCAGAGUUGGAUCGUCCAAAGGAGGAAAGUGAGAACUUAAUCCAACUGUUUGAUGAAGGCGAGAAGCUUAUUCAAAAAUGCUCUAAGCUCAAUUGGUGGAUGCCCAAUCGCUGGAAAUACGCCAAUAAGCUUACUGCCUUUUACGAGUCUCUUCUUCGCUUCUUCCGGUUCCAUAUGCCGCUGCAACAAUUGAUGACCAACAUGGAGAUUUUGGCCCAUCUGCAAUCUCAAUUCAGAUCUGGAACUGGUGGGGUUUCUGGUCAAAUGGGGUAUUUGGGUUCGGGAGGUAGUCGGGUUUCUGGUGAGAUUGGAUACUUGGAUCCUUGCAAUGCCCCUGACCCCCCUGAUUUUAUGGUGGGACUGGAUGUGCCUCUGAAAGAAGUGAAAAAGCGGCUGUUCAAGGAUGAUACAUCAGUGAUUGUGGUAUCGGCACCUGGAGGAUGUGGGAAGACCACACUGGUUCAAAAACUUUGUCAAGACCCGGAUGUUAAAGAAAAAUUUAAGGACAACAUCUUCUAUGUCACCGUGUCCAAGGUGCACAACCUAAAACUCAUAGUACGGAAACUAUUUGAACAUAAUGGUUUCCGGGUGCCUGAGUUUCAAACUGAUGAAGAUGCAAUCAACCAGUUGGAACAACUGCUGAAAAGCCAAGCAAGAAAAGCUCCUAUACUGUUGGUCCUCGAUGAUGUUUGGAAGGAACCUGAAUUCCCUCUUCAGAAGUUUGCAUUUAAAAUACCAGAAUACAAGAUUCUGGUUACAUCAAGAUAUGAAUUUCCAAGAUUUGGCUCUACCUACAAACUGGAAUUGUUGAAUGAUAAAGAUGCCAUGAAGCUUUUUCGGCACUCAGCAUUCCUGACAAAUGGGGAUUUCAUGCCAGAUGAAGAUUUUGAUGAAGAACUUGUGAAUGAGAUUGUGAAAAGGUGCGGGGGAUUCCCUCUGGCCCUCCAAGUCAUUGGCGGAUCACUCUGUGGGCAACCAGUAGAGAUCUGGAAAAGCAGACUGAUGGAAUUGUCCGAAGGUCAAUCCAUUUUUGAUUCUGCAGGGAAACUUGUUCUUGAUUGCCUCCAACUUAGCUUAACUUCCUUGGAUGGUAAGCAGAAGGAGUGCUUUAUGGACCUGGGUUCAUUUCCUGAAGACCAAAAAAUACCUGUCACUACUCUUAUAGAUAUGUGGGCAGAAUUGUACAAACUCGAUAAAAAUGGUGUGCAGGCUAUUUCCAACCUUCAUAAACUCUCCUUACAGAAUCUGCUCAAACUGGUAGUCACAAGGAAAGAUGCAUCUGAGGUUGAUGGCUACUAUGACGAGGCCUUUGUCUUGCAGCAUGACCUUCUCAGAGACCUAGCCAUACAUCAGAGCAGCCAGGAACCUAUGGAAAGACUAAUCCUUGACUUGAGUGGAAAUAAGCUCCCUGAGUGGUGGACUGAAGAAAAACAACCCUGCUUUAAGGCUCGGCUUCUGUCAAUCUCCACAGACCAAAUGUUCUCCUCAAGCUGGUGCAACAUGCAAGUGCCUGAAGUGGAGGUUCUGAUACUCAACUUUCAGGCAACGGAAAACUACACAUUCCCUAAGUUCAUGAAGCAAAUGGAUAAUUUGAAGGUCUUAAUAGUAACAAAUUAUGGUUCCAGUGCUGCUGAGCUGAUUAAUUUUUCAGUCCUCGGUUCUUUAUCCCGUCUAAAGAGAAUCAGGUUAGAGCAGGUUUCAAUACCAACCCUCUGCAACACCAUGGUAGAGUUAAAGAAUGUGGAGAAAAUAUCCUUGGUUAUGUGUAAGAUCAAUCAGGCUUUCAACAGUUGUGCCAUCCAGAUUUCCAACAUGUUGCCGAAUCUUAUGGAAAUAAAUAUCAACUACUGCAAUGACCUGGUGGGAUUACCUGAGGAGCUCUGUGAUUUAGUCCACCUAAAGAAGCUCAGCAUCUCCAACUGCCAUAAGCUAUCUGCACUGCCAGGAGGAAUCGGGAGGCUGGAAAAUCUUGAAGUGCUGAGGCUUCAUGCUUGCACAAAACUAUUGGGAUUGCCAGACUCAAUCGGAGGCCUCCACAAGUUGACUGUUCUUGAUAUUACUGGUUGUCUUCGGAUGGCGAAACUGCCAAAACAAAUGGGUAAGUUGUGUAGCUUGAGAAAGCUCUACAUGAGAAGGUGCUCAGGUUUGAGAGAGCUGCCACCAUCAAUCAUGGAUCUGAAGCAGUUGAAGAAAGUAAUCUGUGACACAGAGACGGCCGAGCUGUGGGAAGAGCACCAUUUCACCAAUUUGAAGAUAACAAUACCCGAAGAGACUAUUGAUUUAAAUUGGCUUUGAAAUUCUGGCUCCUGAGCAAACUUAACUUCACGAUAAUGCUGAAAUGCCUUUGGUGUAUCAUUUUGUUUUCUUGCCAAGCUAUUCUCCCUGUAUAAAGAGCCAUGUUCCCUUGCAGAAAGGGAAGCACUUUUUUUUUUUGUACGAAGUCAUGUGAACAAAUAAGGGAAGCAAUGUUGUAAUGAUUUACUUAUGUAAUCCACUUAAUGAAUAGAUUGUGUUUCAGUUUGAUUAUUGAA